AUGACGGCGAGACAGUGCGCGGCGAAAGAGAAUCAACAGCUCUGUAUUAGCUGUGGGUUUGUGGUGCUCGUUGUUGAUUACUCUCACGUUUGUAGUAAUCUUCUUGUUUUUGAACACGUGGAUUUGUUUACGCUCAAAUGUCGUUUCCAGGAAUGCAUGAGCAGGACCACGGAAUCGUCUCUAAUUAUUUUUAUGAACCUGAAAAUGGAAAAUUGUGCUUUUGAUUACUUCAACCUCACACAAAAGGAGGGUGUGGUUAAUAAAUCAUUAGACACGUCAUGGUACAAAGGAGAUCCCAUUUGGCUGGCCAACGAAAGAUUCGAGGCUUCCCGUCGAUCGGUUUCAUUUUACUGGCCAAGUGGAGAGGCGUCGUACUCGAAACCGCCUCACAAACCAUCGCUAUAUAGGGAAUGGAGAGGAUAUCGCAAUCUCAGCGCGUGGAUGACCGAUGUUGAUGAUAUCGUCAAACUGUUCACCGAUGAGAAAGACCCCAUCAACUUUCUUGCAUGGUACAUUGCUGAGCCCGAUCACACUCUCCACAAGAAUGGUUUCUACAAUGGCGAAUUGAGGAAGAUCAUUCAUCAACUCGAUGAGUUGUUUGGCUAUCUUGUGGCGAGACUACAAGAUACUGGGUUAGAAAAUACUGUGAAUGUGAUAUUAACAGCUGACCAUGGCCAUGCUGAGAUCCAGGGUGCCAAGAACGUCAUGUGCUUACGAGAGUAUAUAGUAGACGAAGGGUAUCAACUUGGAGAUCACAUGAUGUAUCCUGACAGUGAGGAGCUAGCCCUUGAACUUUACCGUAAUCUUUCCACUGCGGCGAAAACACAGGGUUUCAAGGUGAACGUCUUCUUAAAAGAGGAUGUUCCUAAAAGAUUUUUCUACACAAAUUCAUCACGAAUUGGCCGGAUAGUAAUAGAACCGGAAGUUGGGUGGGCAGCAUCUUUUUCGAAAUCAUGUACACGAGAGAAACUCCUAGAAACAUAUGCACCUGGUAAUAUAAAAUUCAAUUCUUCAUCGCAUGGCAUGGAUCCCGAUCGUUGGGAAAUGCGCGCGAUGUUGACAAUCGGUGGGCCGUCGGUUGUACCGGGCAAAAAGAUAACAGACAUUCCUGAAAAUAUAGAGCUGCAUUCCCUGAUGUCUUAUUUGUUGGCCAUUGAAGAACUGAAUAUACCAACAAUGAGUGUGGUCUCUCAAGCUCUCAAAGCCGCUGAUUUGCCUCAAAUUAGCACCGCCUCCUUCUCUGAAUCGAUUGCGUUCACUUUCCUAAUCAUUCCCUCUGCAUGCAUCGUAGUGCUGUUUCUGGUCUAUAUCUGCAGACAUACUGUUCUAAGCGAUAAUCCGAGUUGGAUGUGGAGGCAAGGCGGAUACCGUCCGCUGCAUAUGGAUAUUUUCGACGCGGAAAGGCACAGAAAGUCUGAGGUAAUCUGUCGAGUUCAUUCGGAAUUAUUUUUGAUGUCGUUGUUACCGAAAUCAACGGCAGAGUUUACCGAUCCGAAAUACUGGAAGAACUUCUUCGCAACUCGAAAGACACCUUUUGAAUGGUACGGUGACUAUGGUGUGUUGGGCUCAGUUCUGGAGAAAUAUCUCAAGUCUUCCGACAACAUCCUCCAGAUCGGCUGUGGUAAUUCGCAAAUGGCCGCGCAGAUGUAUGACAACGGCUUUCGCAAUAUCCAUAGCAUUGACACAGAUUCGGCUGUAAUAGAGAAGCAGCGCCUCAGAAAUCGUGAGCGUUCAGAGCUCGUUUUCUCGAAGGAUGACGCAACUUCGAUGUCAUUUGGUGAUGAAGAUUUCUCUGUAGUGGUCGAUAAAGGAACGUUGGACGCUUUGCUUCCUCCAGAAGCAACGGAGCACCAAUUAGAUUGUGUUCAUAAGAUGUUCUCUGAAGUCCAGCGAGUACUCAAAGUAGCUGGCCGUUAUUUGAUCAUCACUCUUGCACAACAUCAUAUCGUCAAGUGUUUUAUGGAGCACUUCUUGAGCACGCGCCAAUUUCUGCUACGGGUACAUGAAAUAGAGAAUAGUGCUUCGGGUUUUCCUAUGCCUGUCUUUAUACUUGUAGCUACCAAGCUUCGUAAUGUGAUGACCAUGUCAAUGCCUGUCGAGUUAUGCCGCGCUGGAAGCAACCGUUUUGAGAAAUUGGUUCACUUGGAUGACGUGCUCGCAGUUAUAGCUUCAGAGCAAGAACUAAACCAAUUUGUUCACAUGUGUUCAAGGUAUUGUCUUUGCAACAUUCCCGAUUGCUGGAGCAAGGCGUGUUUUGCUGAUCUACUCUAUGAUAUGUACUAUUCUAGAAAAUUGGACCAUGAGGCUUCCAUCACCAUUGAAAGCCAGUUUGAAAGCGGACCUCGCUAUUGUUUCCACAUUGUUGAUGACGUCAAUGUCAAGACAUUCCGCAGCUACGCCGUAUUUGUUGUUCCUCUAGGGCGAAAAUUGGACCAUGAGGCUUCCAUCACCAUUGAAAGCCAGUUUGAAAGCGGACCUCGCUAUUGUUUCCACAUUGUUGAUGACGUCAAUGUCAAGACAUUCCGCAGCUACGCCGUAUUUGUUGUUCCUCUAGGGCGAGUUAAAUGCUUGUGCUUUAGAGAGGGCGAGUGGAUAUUUUCUACUGAAAAAGGUCGUAGGACAUUACGCCAACAAGCUGAAAAGGAUCGUCUAGCUGUGGUGACAUUGUCAAGAUCUCAAGCUUAUUCGUCGUUGAAACAAGUUCAGGACGAGUUGGGUCCGUUUGCCACAAGGUUCGAUCCACGUGAGAAUGGUGGCCUGAGCUACCGUGCGUUCAUGAUUGUUCCUAAUUUGAAGGCUUCCGUAGAAGGGGUCGAGCUUGAUCGUGACGUGGUGAAUGUGGCGAUCCAGUGGUUUGCCUUACCCCAUCAAGACGAUCACUCUAGACACGAAAUGAGCGUGAAAAAAAAGCUGUAUUCGUUCGUAUUUAUAGAUGAGAAAGAGAAACUGGACGUUUUGUUCGUGGAUUUGGCUGGUCCCGUACAUGAAUCGGGUCUUAGCUGUCCACCGGCCGUUUUCCUUACCGAUCCUGUCCUUUGUAAUAUGAAGAACUCACUGAAAUCAAAUGGUGUGAUCGCCAUGAAUCUGGUUACAAGAGAUGAAGAAGUGGCGCAGAAGGCCAAACGUUCUGUGGCCGCACAGUUCCCCGUGUUGUUCAGUAUUCGCUCCGAAGAAGAUGUUAAUGAGGUUCUUUUGGCGUGUGCGACCCGAAAUGAGAACUUCAACGCUGUUCAAUUUGCUCGUUCUUUACGAAAAGACAUCCGUUGGGUGAACGCCCUUGAACCCGUCAUCGCGAGGAUUACUCCCGUACCUUUACAGUAA